CCCACCAGCACCGAAUCCUGGGAUAUUUAUUCUCUUUGUUUCACAUCCUACGGGAACCCAAUCGCGGGGUAAUAUCCUCCUGAAAACCGUACUUUGCUGAAUAAUGACUUUUUUGGAUUAGAGAACUACAACUCCUCUGGGUCCUGAGCUGGUAUUUCCCUUUUGCGGCUGCACAGUAGUUAAAAACAAAGCUAAGUAUUCUGGCACGUAUAGUUCUAGCGUUCCUUGGGUCCCGCUGGCGAGCGUGGGCUUUCUGCAGAGCACAGCCGGCCUGUGUGCUUUGCGGACGGUUCACCGCCCUUGGAAAGGGGUGAGUCGGCUUCUUGAGGGACAGCAAGUGGUGAGGGUGAAGGCAGGAGGAAUCCUUAGUCCCACGGGACGAAAGGAAGCAGGGAUGAAGUGGGACACUUGAGAAGGGGCUCAGGACUUCGGAGGUGGUGGAACAGAAGAGCUUGGGGCUUCCCCUCCUUCGACUCCUGCCAGAUAAGUGAGGCUAGCAGUAGUCAAGAAAGCUCAUUAAGUAGGAUUUCAUAAGACUUAGGUCGAGUUUGGCUUUUAGUUGUGCCUGCCGUUCAUCGAACUCUUAAUUCACUGCCGUCAUCCAUUAAGUGGACAGCUGACAUUUCCCUGAUCUUUUAUAAAACAUGGGAAUAAGUUUCUUUCGGAAAUCUUGCUAUUUUCAUUACUCUGUAACUUAUAUUCGAAGUAGAAACUUUCCCUGAAGGGGCAGCUUGUAGUUGUUUACUAGUUUCCUGCUAGUCCUCCCACCACCACCCACUCUGAUAGCUGUGCUAAGUUCCUUCAUAUGAAAGUUCUGGAGCCAUCACUAUUUUGUCCUGUGAAGGACACAAGCUGUAGUCUUUUCGCUGGGAGAGGCUCCCAUCUGCCUUUCUCUGUAAUAAUGGAGAGAACACCAUAGUUAAAGGGUUAAAACUCAGCAAACUGCUGAAGAGUGACAAGCCCUAUCACUUAAGUGUGAAAUUGCUUGUUAUUCUGUCUGACAAAGGGAGAUGUGUUGUUGAGCUGAUUGUCGUAGACAGUUUUUAUUCUCACUUAUCUGUGUGUCUCCUUUGAAAAUGGAACUUGAAAUUCUACCCUUCUCAAUUUUCUCUUUUUAAUUUGAAAAACACUCACCCAACAUCCCCUGUGAGUUGCAGUAAAGAACAAAGCAUUGAAAGGCAUAUCCUUUUCCCAACAAAAGCUCACAAUCUAUUCAAUAAAGUAUUUAUUGAGCAACUAUGGCAGGUUUUGAGCUGAGGCUGAACCUGCAAAGUUGAAAUCUGUGUUCUCUGACCUCAAUGAACAUGAAUGAAUAAUUAGAAUACAAUAAAAGUGUGCUAGGAGGUACAAAAUAUGAGAGCCCAGAACAUGCAUAUAAAGCAAACAUAUCUGUAAACUUCAAGGAAGACUGGGAAAUGAUUUAAUAAAAAGAUAGAUACAAUGUUAUGGCAGAUAUUUAAAAAGAUGCUCAGAUAUUAUGUGUCAAGGAUCAUCAGCAAUCAACAAAUCAUUAAUUUUGAGAACUUGGGAUCACAGACUGUAAUGUUAAAUACUGUGCUAGAAGCCAUGUACAGAGAAGUAAAAGUAAGAUGAUCGUAUGUCCAAAAUCUCAAAAUAAACUUACAUAGACAAAUAAGAAUGUUCCUAAGAGGUCAAUGAGACCAAAUAUUUGAUAUCAGAUCCUUUCCAACAAUAUAGAGGCAUAUUUGUAGAUGUAAAUUACAGUUUCAUUCCUUAUGAGCCUAAAUGUCAGCACCAAAAUGUUAAAAGUGAUAUAUGAAUACAGAUAUCGCAGUGUAAACCAUGAUUAAUUUUCAAAUGAGUUGUAGAAUUAAAAUAUGUCAAGUAUUUAGAGGAAGGGAAAAUCACUGUGACAGAGUAGACCAGAAAGACUUUAUAGUCAGGAACUUGACCUGUGAAGGACAGAUAGAAUUUAUUGAGAACUUACCAAGCUCUUUGCAUCUAAUUCAUAUUUGUUCUUUAUAACCCUGAGAGGCAGAUUUUUGUCUUACAUCUCCAUUUUAUAGAUGAGAAAGCUGACAGAAGUUACUUGCCCUGAGUCACACACCUAGGAAGUGGUGGAAUUAGGAUUCAGAUCUAGCCCUGUCAGACUGUAAAGCCCAUCCUUUGAACUGUAAAUGGUAUAAAAGGCAUAGAGAGGAAAUGCCAGACAUCCUCAGGGGCUUAAAUACGACCUCACAGUAAACUCAGGCUAGACCAGGGAUGACACAUAAAGGUUGAUAGUUUUCGUUUGUGUUGCCCUCAGCCUCCUCUAUAAAUAAACCCAGAGUAAUCACAAAUUCCCAUCCUGAGGGGUUCAACAGGGAAUAGUCUCAUAAUGGAUUUAGAGUGAAGGAUGAUUGGCAUUGUAAGGCAGGCAAGCAGAGGGCUGAGCAAUCAAAUAAAAAAAUUUCAGAACAAAAGAUUAGAGGGCAGAAAUGCUGUAUGUGCUGAUAGAGGCAGAGAGGGCCCGGAUCAAGAAACUGCAGGAAGAGAAAACUAGAAACCUAGAAUCAUCUAGAAAACUAGAACCUAGAAUCGUCUCAGAACACAGAGGAGGCUUGAGGACUGACAUAGAUGUACUUGGACAACACCUCACCAAGGAGCAUGUCUCUUCCCACUCGCAAUCCCCAAUACGAGAUUCACAGUGGUUCAUGCUGAGUCCACAGGAAAAAUUGGCCUGGGGUACAUCAUCUAAAGAUCCUAGGAUUGCUGCAGGUCAGCAGUCUCCAUUGGAAAAAAAGAUCUUGAAUCUAGGUGGUGUGCAUACAACAGCAGCAAGACAGUUGAUAACUCAGAAAUAUCAGGAGGAGUGUGAAAUCCUCUAUAGGGAGCAAGCUGUUUCUCUUGACUACUGGCUUGCCAAAGCAGAGUCUUAUUAUAAUAAACUAAUAGUGGAAAUGAUGAAAGAAGAGACAGGCAAUGAAAUCAAGAAAAAAAUGGAGAAGAAAACAACCCGAAGCAUAGAAGGACUAAAACAGUACUAUUUGAUACCUGAGAGAGAGAUGAAACACAUAGAAAGGCACAUACAUCAAGCAGGACAGGCUGGAGAAUUUAAGAACAAGUCAUUUAGACAAGUACUGCGACCCUUCAGUGAAAGAAAAUUACCAAACAUUGUGCCAGAAGGUCAUGGCAUCCAGAACGCACAGAGAAGAAAGCAGGUAAAUGAGAGGGAACAGAUGCAGAUUAAGGAUCACCAGGAACGCAUGAUUCGAGGGAGAGAACUUACAGAGCAAAGACUCAAGGAAAGAAUCUUAAGAAGAAGCCAGAGCCAGCUGCCUACAUAUGAGAAGCGUGAGAGAGGAAAGAAAGAGAUAAAGGAGUUUGAAAGAGUUAUUGCAUAUCCUCUUUUCCAGCCAUGCAGUAGAAGUCGGAUUAAAGUGAAUAUUCUUAUGGAAAAGUCUCAGAAUGGAGAGAAAGGGAAUACAAUUGUGAAACCAUAUCAAAGAAAAUUCUUGGCCAUGCCACCCUUUUUAAGAAGUCAAAUAGGAAAAAUAAAAGAUUAAAGUUUCAAUGCUGUUA